AUGCUUUUGAGUUGUACACGCCGACUAAUAUUCUCCAAAAAGGCUUCACCUGCUGCCAUCAUUGGGAACGUAUUCAGGAUUAUGUCAACGACCAAACAUGGUCCGGACGACAUUGGAAUAAAAAAGCUUGGAGAUGUCAAGGAUCCAAAACAGGUUUCUCAAACCGACUGGAAAAAAGUCCUCCCCGCGGAAUCUUUCGAAGUCGCUCGUAACGCAGGUACGGAACCGGCAUUCUCUGGAGCGUUUGAUAAUUUUUUCGAGAAAGGGAGAUACGUAUGUCUGUGUUGCGGGGCUGAGCUGUUCAAUUCCGAUUCCAAGUUCUGGUCUGGUUGUGGGUGGCCGGCGUUUUCGAAAUCCGUUGGCAAUGAUAUGAAUAUCAUUCGUUUGGAAGAUAAUACACACGGCAUGAAAAGGGUAGAAGUUCGCUGCAAGAGUUGCAAUGCUCAUCUUGGUCAUGUGUUCGACGACGGUCCGAAGGAGACUGGCGAACGUUAUUGCAUCAACAGCGUUUCCAUGGCUUUUGAGAAGGCUGACAAGUAG